AUGAAAGAAAAUACUUGUCUUAUUUGUAUUGAUGGUUGGGGUAUUUCCUCAGGAGAUGCUACUGGUGAUGCAAUUCUUAAUGCAGAUACACCUAUAAUGGAUAAAUUUAAGGCAGAAUAUCCUUAUACAACAUUAGAGGCUCAUGGUUUGGCUGUUGGGUUGCCUGACGGACUCAUGGGUAAUUCUGAAGUUGGUCAUUUGAAUAUUGGUGCAGGUCGUAUAGUUUAUCAGGAUAUUGUAAGAAUUGAUUUGGCUGCUAAAAAAAAAGAAUUUCUUAAAAUUGAAAAUAUUAGAAAAUCUUUUGAACAUGCCAAAGAAACAUCAAACAGAAUUCAUUUUCUUGGUUUAGUGUCUGAUGGAGGUGUCCACAGUCACAUCAAUCAUUUGACCUGCCUUUUGGAAUCUGCAAAAAGUAUAGGUAUUUGUGAUGCUUAUGUGCAUUUUUUUGGUGAUGGACGUGAUACCAAUCCUCGUUCAUCUGAUAAAUAUCUUGAACAGCUCCAGAAAGCUUUAGAUGAAAUUAAUUAUGGUAAAAUUGCUACCAUAACUGGAAGAUAUUAUGCUAUGGAUAGAGAUAAAAGAUGGGAAAGAAUUAAGCUUGCAGUUGAUGCUUUGACUCGAGGAAUUGGUGAAAAAACUGAUGAUCCUUUACAAGUUAUUCAUGAACGGUAUGGAAAAGAUGAAACUGAUGAGUUUUUAAAACCAAUAAUUGUUGAUAAAGAAGGACUUAUCAAAGAUAAUGAUACAUUGUUUUUUUUUAAUUUUCGAUCUGAUCGAAUGCGUCAAAUUGUUCAAACUUUUGGUAUUUCACCACCACCAUUUGAGAUUGAGAUUCCAAAAAAUCUACAUAUCAUAACUAUGACAAAAUAUAAAACAGAAUUUCCAUUUUCAGUGGCAUUUCCUCCACAAGUUAUGGAUAAUGUUUUAGCUGAAUGGCUUUCAAAGAAUAAGGUCCCUCAAUGUCAUGUUGCAGAGACUGAAAAAUAUGCACAUGUAACAUUUUUUUUUAAUGGGGGAGUGGAAAAACAAUUCGAACUUGAGCAUCGUGAUCUAAUUCAAUCACCAAAAGUAGCAACCUAUGAUCUCAAACCAGAAAUGUCAGCAUUGGAAGUUGCAGAAAAAGUUGUAGAAGAAAUAGCUUGUGGAAAGUUCCCUUUAGUUAUGUGCAAUUUUGCAAAUCCUGAUAUGGUGGGUCAUACAGGAAUUUAUGAGGCAGCAGUGAAAGCUGUUGAAACAACUGAUAAAGCUAUUGGUUUGAUAUAUGAAGCUUGCAAAAAAAAUAAUUAUAUACUUUUUGUUACAUCCGAUCAUGGUAAUGCUGAGCAAAUGAAAGGUGAAGGCGGUAAUCCUCAUACUGCUCAUACUUUUCCCUUUGUUAUGACAUCAAAGAAUCAUUCAUUCAUUGAAUCUGCAAAAGGUGCAUUGUGUGAUGUGGCUCCCACAAUUUUAGAUGUCAUGGGGUUAGAAAUACCAAAAGAAAUGACUGGCACAUCAUUAUUAAAAAAAUAG